AUGAUGGACGUUAGCCAACUUCCUCCGUUGUCAAACGACGGAUCUCUAGUAAAAAAUUUUAUUGCACAGUUACGAGCCUAUCGUCCGCCAUCUCCUACAAUAAGCGAAUCUGACAGAACUCCCGCAGAACGAUAUGUUGACCGAUGGCUAUCCAAUAGUAAGCAAUCUACUGCAGUAAGCGGAUCUGAAAACGAGCGAUCGACUUCACAACAAGAAAACCAGAUCUCUUCUAAGGCUGAUACAACUUACAAAGAUCACGGAUUUGUUGCACGAUGGGCAGCCGAACAUCUGAAACCAGAAACAUAA